ACUAUUCUAUACCUGAAUAAACUUGGCUUUUUGUGAAAAUGUCAAUGAUAUUUCGGAGAAUUAUUAACAAAUUGCAAGCAACCACUUGCCAAACAUUAAGCAAACAAUAUUGCACGAUCGUAGAAAAUAAAACGAAAGCUGAAGAUAUUACGCCGAUCAUAUCAAAGAUACAAUAUGACGACGAAAUCAAUAUCUAUCAAAAACCUCGGCAAGUUUGGUUAGAAAAUUUAAAUACUGUAGAGGAAAAAAAAUUGGGCUUAAUCACUUUACAUCCACAUGUCUAUGCGGCUGCACCUCGUAUCGAUAUCAUUCACCAGAAUGUGAGAUGGCAACAAAUGUAUCGUUGGGUGAGUUAUGCACAUACAAAAACGCGCGCUGAAGUCAGAGGUGGUGGUAGAAAACCUUGGCCACAAAAAGGCACUGGGCGAGCUCGUCAUGGAAGUAUACGUUCACCACUAUGGAGAGGUGGUGGAGUAGCACAUGGUCCUCGUUCUCCUACAACACAUUUUUAUAUGUUGCCAUUUUAUACUCGAGUAGCAGGUCUUACAUCAACACUAUCUGUGAAACUUGCACAAGAUGAUCUGCAUAUAGUUGAUGAAUUAGAAAUUCCAACAUCUGAAUCUUCUUACAUGGAACAAUUAAUAGAAAAGAGAAACUGGGGGCCAUCGGUUCUUUUUGUAGAUAGCUAUGACAUUAUGCCUACAAAUAUCACACUAGCUACUGAUAAAAUCAAGCAUAUUAAUCUGAUGCCUGUUUAUGGGCUAAACGUGUAUAGCAUGCUGAAACACAAUACUUUGGUACUGACAGAGAAAGCAGCCAGAUUAAUAGAAGAAAAAUUGCUUUAUCAAUUACAUAGAACAGAUUUAAAAGAAUUACAAAAACCAUUUGAACUCAGUCAAAAAUAAAAACCUGUUUUUAGAAA